AACCAACAGCUUGGCUUAACUAAGGCACGCAGCGUUGUUCUCCAUUACGAGUCUUUGUUUUAUUGUAGAAGCAGCGUGUGUUGCGAAAUGGCUCUUCGAGUAACAAGAAACCGCUUGGCUUCGACCAGGACUGACCUCGGUGGAAAGGCCUGCUCAGUUACCGGGCCCACAGGGAAGCCUCGGGCGGCGCUUGGUGAAAUCGGAAACAUCGCAGCUAACAAAGAAGCCCAGAAGAAGAAUGUUAAGAUGGAGGCCACUAAGAAGACCAAAGUCACAAAAGUGGAAAAAGCAGCUGUUGAAAAACCAAAAGAUGUUCCUAAACCUGAGGUGAAGGUUCUGCCUGAACCAGCAUCACCCACUCCGAUGGAGACAUCUGGCUGUGAGCCUGCUGACCUCUGUCAAGCGUUUUCAGAUGUUAUACUAAAUACUGCUAUCAGGGAUGUGGAUGCAGGUGACCAUGACAACCCAAUGCUCUGCAGUGAAUAUGUGAAUGACAUCUACAAGUACCUCCGACAGCUUGAGGCUGAGCAGAGUGUUAGAUCCAGUUAUCUGCAGGGCCAGGAGGUGACGGGUAACAUGCGAGCCAUUCUCAUUGACUGGCUAGUGCAAGUGAGCCUGAAGUUCCGUCUGCUGCAGGAGACCAUGUACAUGACUGUUGGAAUCAUUGACCGCUUUCUUCAGGACCACCCAGUCCCCAAGAAGCAGCUGCAGUUAGUCGGUGUUACAGCCAUGUUCCUUGCAUCCAAAUAUGAAGAGAUGUAUCCCCCAGAGAUCUCGGACUUUGCAUAUGUGACAGACAAGGCUUACACCACUGCCCAGAUCAGAGACAUGGAGAUGACAAUCUUGCGGAUGCUUAAGUUCCAGCUAGGCCGCCCUCUUCCCCUGCAGUUCCUUAGAAGGGCCUCAAAGGUUGCUGAGGUAACUGCUGAGCAGCACACCCUGGCAAAGUACCUCCUGGAGCUCACCAUGGUUGAUUAUGAAAUGGUUCAUUUCCCACCUUCCAUGUUGGCAAGUGCUGCGUUGGCUCUCACCCUCAAGAUCUUGGAUGCUGGAGAAUGGGAUGCGACACUGCUGCACUACAUGGACUACACUGCAGAGAGUUUGAUUCCUGCGAUGGCACAUAUUGCCAAGAAUGUUGUCAAAGUGAAUGAUGGACUGACCAAGCACCUGGCCAUCAAAGGUAAAUACUCUACUUCAAAGCAGAUGAGGAUUGCCACCAUCCCACAGCUGAAGUCUUUACUGGUGAAGGACCUAGCAAAGCAGCUCGCCCAGUGAGAGGACUUGGUUUAUGGCACCAUGUGCUGACUUGUACAGAUGUAAUUUAAGAUCUUUACAUGGCUGAGGGAUCAGCACACGUAGGGCUGUGACAUUGGUUUGUAUGAUUAGCCAGCUGAGAUUGUAUACUUAACUGACAUUUCCCAAAGCAUGCUGCAAGGUUUAGUUUUCUGAAAGCAUGCCCGACAAACUGGCAGUUCACUCUUUAUCAGUGUAUUAAAAUUGACUUGCUCUUAGUAAACUGAACACAUCACACUAGCUACUUAACAUGAGAUUCAGUCAGCCACUAAUAA